AUGGCCUUGAGGAAUCACAGCACCAUCACUGAGUUCAUACUCCUUGGACUAUCAGAAGAUCCUCAUAUCCAGGCUCUGCUCUUUGUGCUGUUCCUGGUGAUUUAUCUCCUGACACUGAUGGGAAACCUGAUGAUGAUGGCAGUCAUCAAGGCAGAUUCUCAUCUCCAUACACCUAUGUACUUCUUCCUGAGUCAUCUCUCUUUUUUGGAUUUUUGCUUCUCUUCUGUCACAGUGCCAAAGAUGUUGGAGAAUCUCCUGUCCCAGAAGAAAACCAUUUCUGUGGAGGGAUGUCUAGCUCAGGUCUUUUUUGUGUUCGAUACUGGGGGCACCGAAGCCUGCCUGCUUGCCAUGAUGGCCUAUGACCGCUAUGUUGCCAUUUGUCACCCUCUGUUUUACAGUCACAUAAUGACCAACCAGCUUUGUAAGAGGCUGGUUUGGGUAUCCUGGGGCCUUGGAUUUCUGGAUUCAUUUAUCAACAUUCUUCUAGUAAUGGAUUUUGAUUUCUGUGGAGAUAAGUACAUCCCCCAUUACAGCUGUGAGCUUCCCUCUCUCUUCCCUCUCUCCUGUUCUGAUAUUUCCACAAGUUUUACUGUUUCACUCUGCUCUACUCUCCUGCAUGGACUUGGAACCUGUUUCCUGAUCAUUUUCUCCUAUACUCUCAUUAUUUCUACCAUUCUGCACAUUGGAUCAUCUUCAGGUAGAAAGAAGGCAUUUUCUACUUGCUUUUCCCAUCUCACUGCCGUGCUUCUGUUUUACAGUUCAGCUUUUCUUCGCUAUGUCACACCAAACUCAGGGUCACCUUUGGAGUUGAUCACCUCCAUACAAUACAGUGUGAUCACUCCCUUAGUGAAUCCACUUAUCUAUAGCAUGAAGAACAAUGAAGUGAAAGUGGCUGUAAGAAGAACCUUGAGAAAAUAUCUCCAAUAG